AUGCACGUCCACCCGCGCUCCGUCCCCGUGGUGGCCACGCUCCUGGCCGGUCUCAUCGGCCCAGCUCAAGGCUUCUGGCGUAUGCCCUGUCGCGGUCGCACUGCGGUUGCCAGAAUCGAUCCCCUCGUCUCGCCCGGUGAGGCCGCGCACCACGCCCAUGUGAUCCACGGCUCUUCUGGUUUCGGCGUCGACUCCAAGUACGAGGAUCUCGUGGCGGGAGACUGCACCAGUUGUGCCGUGACCCAAGAUAAAUCAGUGUACUGGGCUCCGGCCCUCUACUUCCAGGGGGAAGAUGGAAAGUUCACUCUCGUCGAGCAGAUGGGUGAUCUCUGCCCGCGGCCGGUGGACCUCGUUUCGAUCUCUCCCCCCUUCCGCACCUUCCCAUCCGCGAGAGAUGGGGAGAGAUCGAAGAGAUCCUCCUUCGCUCCUUUCGAUCAUGCGCUAACAAGCAACCACCACCACAACAGCUACUACCUACUGCAGCCCAACCCCGGCGACAACAAGAUCACUGCCUUCCCGGCUGGGUUCGAGAUGCUCAUCGGUGACACCAACCAGCGCAACUUCACCUACCCGGUCCCCGACCUCGAGAAAUCGGCAUGGACCGGCGAAUUCACCGAACAGCCCUUCCUCCGCCAAGCCGCCGUCGGUUUCAACUGCUUGAACUACCAGAGAGCCCCCGAGGCAACCCUGUACCGACACUUCCUACCCGACAAGGAGUACCUCGAUGCCAACUGCGCCAAUGGUGUGCGCUUCGAGCUGAUGUUCCCCUCGUGCUGGAACGGCAAGGACGUCACCUCCGAGGACAAGCAGUCCCACGUCGCCUACCCCAGCACCGUGAUGGGUGGCACCUGCCCCGAGGGUUUCCCAGUGCGGGUCCCCUCUCUGCUCUACGAGAUUAUCUGGGCCACGGAGAAUUUCAUUGGCAAGAAGGGCAAGUUUAUCAUCGCGAACGGCGACCCCACUGGUUUCGGUUACCACGCCGACUUCAUGACCGGCUGGGACGUGGAUGUCCUGCAGAGGGCCGUCGAUACAUGCACCAACCUGAGCGGCAUGAUCACGGAUUGCCCCGUCUUCGACAUCCAGAGCGAUGAAGAGUCGCAACAGUGCAAGAUCGAUCUUCCUGAGGAGCUCGAGAACGAGGAAGUGUCCAAAGAUCUGGACAGCUUGCCCGGCAACCCGGCCAUCUCACCCGGUCCUGGCUACGCUGCCGGCGCCCACGGCUCGAAGAAGGCUGACGAUGACGAUGAUGAUGAUGAUGAUGAUGAUGAUGAUAAGAAGGCCCCGGCUCCCGCCGUCCCCGAGAAAGUCUACGUGCCUGUACCGCCCCCCGUCGUCCCCGCCCCCGUCCCCGCCUACAAGCCCAAGCCCAAACCUGACGUCCCGGUUGCGGCCUUCACCCCCACCCCGGUGGGCUACCCCGUCAACAAACCAACCCCGAUCCCCCUCCCAACGCCGAUUGACAAGGCGCCUAAAUACGCCGCGGUUCCGAAACCCGUUGCCCCGCCGGUUGAUCCCAAGCCGGCCCCUCCCGCAACCACCUUGAUGACCAGCUCGCUGCCACCGGUUGCGACGCAGACGGAAGAUGGGAUGUACACCACCCUCACCUACACCAAGGAUGGCAUGGUCAUGAUCAACGAGUACUACCUGGACGUGGUCGUGGUGACGGCCCCCUCAUACGGCGAACCCGCCCGCAAGCGCCACUUGCACAACCACCGCCGCGGUAUUCAGCACUAA